UCGCCAUGUCCGGGCCCUUCCCCUCGGCCUGCCCCCUGCCGGCGGAGCUGCUCCGAGCGCCGCGGCCGGUCCGGCGCUAUGUGGUGGGCGGCGGCGCGGGGGUCUUGGCUGUGGGGGCUGCUGGCGCUGCUGUGCGGGGCGGCGGCGGCCCCGGCCCCGGCUCUCCCCUUGGCUGCCCCGCUGCUGUGUAAUGUGAGCCUGGACAGCCCCGCCGAGGAGCGGUGGCUGCCGGUGCUGCGGCACUUCGAUCCCGCCUUCCUGCGCGCCGCCGUCGCACGGGUCAUCGAUGAAAGCGUACCAAAAUGGGUUCACGAAGUUAUUCGACCCAUAGCAGUGGAACUGGAGUUCCUUAUGCCGCAGCCCUUUGCGGGGGAAAUGAUGGGACUGUGCAGAGCCUUGGGAAUAAGUCUUGGAGAUGGAGUCCUGCUUAACUUUGCCUACGAAUCUACCGCGUUCUGUACUAGUAUUGUCGCUCAGGAUGACAAAGGAAACAUUUAUCACGGUCGGAACCUGGAUUAUGAUUUUGUUGAUAUAUUAAGCAAGAUAACAAUUGAUGUGCAGUUUAUAAAAAGCGGGCAGAUAGCGUAUCAAGGCACCACAUUUCUUGGUUACGUCGGGUUAUGGACUGGACAAAGUCCACACAAGUUCACAAUCUCCGGUGAUGAACGAGCGGGUGGUACAUGGUGGGAAAAUGCAAUAGCGGCUUUUCUGAAUCGGAAUUACCCUGUCAGCUGGCUUGUCCGAGAUACCCUGAGCAGAGCAGAGGACUUUCAGUCAGCUGUUCUCAGACUAGCUGGCGUUCCCAUCAUUGCUGAAGUUUACUAUAUUGUAGGAGGUGUUUCACCCAAAGAAGGCAUGGUCAUAACGAGGAACAGGAGGGGACCAGCAGACCUCUGGCCUCUUGAUCCCUUAGGUGGAGCGUGGUUUCGUGUGGAGACAAACUAUGACCAUUGGACUACCCCUCCUCCUUUUGAUGAUCGAAGAACUCCAGCUAUCAAAGCUCUCAAUGCUACUGGGCAGCACAACAUCAAUUUUGAUACCCUCUUUAAGGUGUUGUCAGUGAAGCCAGUCUUAAACAAUAACACGGUGUAUACCACAGUAAUGAGCGCUGCACUUCCAGAUAAGUACCAGACAUGGAUCAGAACUGACACGUGAAGAGUUCAACAGACAAAAUGAGUGAAAAGCUGAAGCUUUCCAAGACCAGAGUAUGCUUUUAAAAUCACUUUCACAAGCAGUACAGUUGUUCUGGCUUAUUAAGUAUGUGAACCUUUGAGGAAACAAUGGCUUGUUAACUCUUUGAAGUGUUGCGGGUGGUACUCUUGGUGAACUGUUAUGAAUGUUUGAUUGAUUUUAUUGUAAUUACUUUGUAAUUAAUAAUUGUAAUUUACUAGCAGAUGUUGAUGGCUAAAAAUUGCUUUUACUGUUUUGGGAAAGGGUUGUGAAAUGUAUUUAUGUGCUGACUAAUAUACAAAAAUCAUGUAUUUUGCAUGGCCUUUAGGUUUGAAUAUAGUGAAAUAAACAUA